AUGACACGACGACAGCAACAACAAAAACCACAACGGAGAAAAGCACCACCAGCUUGGUCGAUGUUCCUGUCACGACACGACGAUGUAUCCCGCCUACUCGAAGUCGAAGGUCAUCCGUUUACAUUCCACAACCUCGAUGACGAACUUGGGUGUAGCAAAACUUACGACACGACGGUCAUGGGCAAGUUCCACUGCCGCAACCGGAAUUGCGAGUCGAAGAUAUGGGCAAGCAAGCGGGUCGCCAUCACCAUUCGCAUGUACCCGGGCAAGCGAUACAACGCAAGAGUGUACGGUCAACGUUGCAAGAAGUGCGAUUGGCUCUCCGUGCCAACGCUGGACGACUCAUAUGCAGAGAGGGUUGCGUAUCGUCUCUUGAAGUGGUCCGGGGUGGAGCAGGAGCGCCCGCAAUUCUCGGGCGAGAGCACAAUCCCACACCGCAGCGAUUUAUGCGAAGGAUGUAGAGCGGGACAUUGCGCCGAGGGCGAUCGUGUUAAUGGAGUUCUCGCCGCUCAAUUCUCAAACUUCUCGCUGAGGGGAACAUGA